GUUCUGGGUGUCGGGGGCUUCCUCGAGGCCCCAGCGCGAUCCCUGCAAGGCAACCCGCGGCCAACGAGUCCGGGCCGGGCGGGGCCCGUGCGCAGCUCGGUGGCUGCGCCGGACUGCUGCGGAGGCCUCGGCAACCUCGACUUCAGGAAGGCAGACCUCUGCAUUAUGACCCGGCUGCUUGGCUACGUGGACCUCUCGGAACCCCACUUUGUGGCUGCCGUCCUUGCCAUUGUCUUCAAUCCGCUCUUCUGGAAUGUGGUUGCGAGAUGGGAACACAAGACCCGAAAGCUGAGCAAGGCCUUCGGGUCCCCCCGCCUGGCCUGUUACACCCUGGGUGGGGCCAUCCUGCUCUUGAACGUCCUGCGCUCCCACUGCUUCACACAGGCCAUGCUGAGCCAGCCCCGGAUGCAGAGCUUGGACAACCCUGCCGCCUACCACGUGGGCCUGGCGCUCCUGGGAGUGGGAGGCGUGUUCGUCCUUUCCAGUUUCCUAGCGCUGGGCUUCACCGGGACCUUCCUAGGCGACUACUUCGGGAUCCUCAAGGAGGCCAGAGUGACCAUGUUCCCGUUCAGCGUCCUGGACAACCCCAUGUACUGGGGCAGCACAGCCAUCUACCUGGGCUGGGCCAUCGUGCACGCCAGCCCCACCGGCCUGCUGCUGACCGCGGUGGUGGCACUCAUCUACAUGGUCGCCAUCGUGUAUGAGGAGCCCUUCACCGCCGAAAUCUAUCAGCAGAAAGCCUCCCAGGCCUGCAAGAGGAGCUGACGGCCACGGCCACUCUGGGAGAGUUCCCACCUCAGGCCUGCCCCGAGCACAGGCCCCUUGACGGGGAGAGCGGUGCUUGGCGAGGACUGUCCAAUGCCUUGGAAACAUGGCUUGAGGGCUCUGGACAGGCGCCUUGUGGCCCCAGAGUGCCCUGCCCUGCUGUCCGCCUUGUCCUGACUAAUAAAAGGCACCUGA